CAGGGAACAACAAAUCAGAGACCAUCGCAGCUGACGCCUGGCAAGCUGGAUUCGCCCCAUGUGGACUAAAAUACCCCCAAACUUUAAGGAAAUAUCACAUUCAUUCUGUUGGGUAUGGGGGUCAUUUAUCUAAUUGUUUCACUAUGAAAGUUUUCUGGGCUACCCCUCUGUGCUUUGCUGGGAUUACACACAACGCGAGAGAGAGAGAGGGAGACAGAGAGAGAGAGAUAGAGUUGUCUUCUUCGAAGAGGGGAAAGGAAAAGUAAAGCUAUCUUCUAGCUGAGCUGCUUGUUUUAACAGUUUGUAACAAUGCUGGUAGCGAAGCAGUAUCGCUGUACACACUCAGCAACAUGUGUAUGCACAAAAGGCCAUUUAAGUGAGGAUGCCAUAUUCUUAGUAUUCCAACACCUUAAUUGGAACCCUAAGUUGAUUGCGAAAAUUUCCUGUGUCUGCAUAUGGUUUGAUGAAAUUGCAAAGCGAGUGUUGUGGAAAGAGUUCUGCCGAACCCGGGCCCCUAAGAUGAUGCUAGAUUUGCAGUCUAGUGGCAGUCAUAAUGUUGAUGGGAACUGGAAAGCGCUUGGGAAGCUUCUCAUUUACUGUUCAGGGUGCAGCAAGGGUGGUCUGUCUGACAGCAUUGAUAUCCCGGGUCAUUUUGUCUACCGAACACGAUUCUCCAGGACAUCAGGGAAAAGUUUUCUUCUUCCACAGUGCAGGUCAGAUGUGCUGUAUGUAUCAGACCCUUGCGAGCAUCUUGAUCAAGGAGAGGAGGGUGAUGUUGGUUUUUUCCGUGGUGUCUUCAAAUCAUUUUCCAUUUCAAGAGUUAGGAAGAUGCUAAUUGACAGGGAUGCCAAGCUCCAUGCCACUGAGGUUUGUCCAUAUUGUAAGGCAAAGUUGUGGAGCAUGCUGCAGGCAAAGAUGAUACCCCAAAGUGCAUGUCACAGGUUGGGUGCUUAUGAUGAUGGCAUAGAGUAUUAUGUGUGUCUUAAUGGGCAUAUGCUUGGGAUCUGCACUCUCUUACCCCUUUCUGAUUCUGAGGAGGCAUCUGAACUGGAGUGAUUACUUGUGGCUACAUUUAGAGAGAUGGAGUCAAGCAGGAAGAGAUACGCCACUCCGGUGAUCAAGCUCGGAGACCUGAUCUUGCUUGUGGUGGUUUAUUUGGUGGCAGCUUGUGAAGACUUAUAAAGAGGUGAGGGGCAAGCAGUGUGGGAUGUGCUUUCCCACGCUAGUCCUGUUUGCACAUGUGUGAGGAAAGGAUCUCCCUUUUUUCACUUUUGUGCCCCAGGUCUUGGUUUGUUUCUUUAUGCUAUUUCCUUUUGGGCUAAUAGGCUAGAAGAUUGUAUUUGGGGGAAACGAAUGUGCUGUUUCUUUUCUUUAGGCCUUCUCAUGCCAGUGUAAGAAGGUCAUACUAGGAGGUUUGCCUGCUUAAAUUUGCCCCUCACUUUGCAGCUCUUAGUGCUGUGAAUAUAUUCUCCUUGGUGAGCAAAAGCUUCCUCUGGGAUUUGCCAAAGAGAGAGAUUCUGAUCAGUGUGGUCUGACUUUCCGUCGUCGCCGCCGCUGUUAAAUCUGGUUAGAAUAUUCCUCGGAAAAACUUCCAGAGAUCAAAUCCUUCAGUGGAGAAAAUUUGAAUGCUCGGAUGGACAGAUGGCAGCCCUUCAUAGCCAUUCAGAUGAUAAAAUAGGAAAAUGGCAUGAUAGGUUGGAAUCAUCUUUAUAGAAGUCCAGUUAAUUGGUUGCCCUUUCUUUUGUUCUUCACCAAUAUGGCAGCUGUUCUAGAGCU